AUGGAGCUCCUGACCCGUUUCAUCCUCUCCCUCCGUAGGACAUUGAAGAUCUCGCACACACGGACGAUGAUUCUUCUCUUCCUCGCCUCCCUCUCUGUGUAUCCAGAACUGGUCGGCUUCACUGCAGAUGACUGUGUUCCGGACUUCGAGGAGACGACCUCCCCGGGGAAGUUGGAGGGAAAACAUAACUGGGCCUCAUCGGGACAGAACUACAAUUUGUUGCCGGAGGCGCAAUGUAACCCCCUGAAUCUGGACUUCAUGCUCGACGCCUUCGACGACCAGUACAAGGGCUGCGAGGAGGUUCUGGAGACCGACGUGAUGCCCAAGGUCCUGACCCUGGAGAAGUCCGCCAACCCGGCGUUUCUUCCCGCCGGCUUCCGGGACGAGUUCGGGGUCGCCAUCGGCGUCUACACCACGGACUGGCCGCCCGGCCACCCCGUCUACAAGGCCUUCAACGGGAAGGUCAGCCUGGCGGGGAAGUCGCGAGGGGACUACGUGCUGAACUUCCACUACAAGGCCCUUCACUUCUACAUGACCCGGGCACUGCAGCUCAUGAAGAGGAACUCCAGGCGGCGGCACACGGCCUACCGCGGCACGGACAGGACCUUCCAGGUGUCCGAGACCAGCCUGAGGUUCGGGAGGUUCACCUCUUCCUCCCUGGACGUCGAGGUGGCGAGAGCCUAUCACGGGGGGCUCUUCUUCCAGAUCACAACCUGCUUCGGAGUCGACAUCCACAGAAUCUCCUCCUACCCCAGGGAGCUGGAGGUGCUGAUCCCCGUGGCCGAGACGUUCCGCUACGUCAGGGAGGAAGGGGGCGUCUAUGUCCUGAACAGCACCUGCCAGCUCUGCAGCUACUUCAACUGCGCUUUACUGGGAGGAGCCACAGGAGAAGUCUUGUCUCCGGGUCUGGUCUCUCAGACUGCAGUGAAAGCUCUCACACGGGACGCACAGCAAUACGGCUCCCAUAAGAGACGCGCCGCAAUGAACUGCUGA